AUGGCAAAAGCUAUCAGAAAUUCAUAUAUUGUUCUUAUGUGCAUUAAUAGUAAAUAUAAGGAUAGUUUUUGGUGUAGAAAAGAAGCUGAAGACAUUUCUAUAAAACAAAUUAAAAUUAUUCCAUGUUAUAUGGAAAAACCGUUUCGUACAGAUGAUUGGCUAGAUUUUCUUCUUGGUGCCAAUAUCAGGAUUGAUUUCUCUCAGGCAGAUAAAUUCCAUGAGUCAUUUAAUAAAUUAGUUGAAGAAAUUAAUGUUAUUGAGAAAGAAUUAGAUACAUAUUCUCGAGGAAGUCCACCUGCCACUCCAAUGAACAAUUCAUCAGAGAAAAUUAUAUUAAAUCCUACUAUAGAAACAUUUGAUACUAUUUUGGGUAAUUUUAAAACUUGGAUUGAAGAAAAUCGUGAAAGUUUAAAACAAUGUAAUCGAAAACAAUCUGCUCAACUUAUCAAUCAACUUAUUAAGGUAUUGAAUAGUGAUAAUAGUUUAUCCAACGAUACAAAUAAACAAGAAUUUCUAAAACAAUUACUUUUAUCUACUUCACAAAAUCAUAAUCAUAAUUUUACACAAUCAAUUAAUAAUUCUAUUAUACCAGAUUAUUUGAUGGUCAAAGGUUUAGUAUGUGUUAUGGGACUUUGGGCUGUGAAAAUUGUUUUUCAAAAGAACUAA